ACUAAAACUUUAUUAGAUACCGCCACUAAAUAUGGUUUAAGGAAUUUUUCCAUUCACAUAAUAAAGAAGAGUAUUUGUCUGUUACAUCUUCAAAAUAUGAGGUUUUAUUUACAAAUCUAUAAAGCAUUAAUACGUCAAAGAAUUGGUAUUGUGGGCAUAGAAACGGUGGUAGCAUAAUGGUAAAAGACGAAUUUGGGAUAAAAAUAUAUAUUUGUCGGUUCAAGAUUUCAUUUCUAUUAGAAACUAAAUUGAUAUUUGAUUAGUCAUGCGAAAUAAAACUUUGUUUGCCUCAUUUAGAUAAAUAGAUUCGAAUUAAAAGUUGGUUUUGACAUUUUAAGAAUUAUUUGGGUUGCGGCCCAUACAUCUUCAAAACUUUACUUACCUCAUUUAGGAAAACAUGUUCGAAUUACUAGUGAGUUUCGAACUUUAGAAGAUUAUUUGGGUCUCGGCCCAUACAUUUGAAACCUAGCUCGCCUCAUUUAGAAAAACAAGUUUGGAUUACUAGUAGGUUUCGAUCUUUAGAGAAUUAUUUGGAUCUUGGCCCACAUAUCUACUAGUAUAUAUAAAAGUUAUCUCUAGGUUUAAGAAAGAUAUUAGGGUUAAGAGUCAAAAGAAUCCAACAGUGAGAGGCAGGGUUGAAAACAAUCAUGAAAAGGGUAAAGAGGUCUAAGAAUCAAGACGAAAGGAUUGUAAACGAUCCGUUUACGAACCUUGCUAAUGACAUGAUCAUAGAGAUUCUCAUGAAACUGCCGCCGAGAUCCAUAGCCAGGCUCCAUUUCGCUUCUAAAGAAUCGUCAUCGAUAAUCCUUGACAAAAAGUUCAUCCAGUGGUACAUGACCCGAUCUUUAACUCAGCCACGUUAUCUUAUCUCACUGCACCGUGGCGGAUACAUGCAGAUGCAGCUUUUUCAAUCCUUGUCUCAAGACCAUCCGUAUAAUCAUAACAUGGUUAGUUAUGAAAUGGAACCCGAUGUACUGUAUGAAUUUACUCCACCUGUUCGCGGCUUGAUCUGCGGUCGGGACUUUACCAAGAUGAUUGUCGGAAACCCUAGUACGGGUCAGUUCGUAUCGUUACCUAGAAUCAAAACGAGGAGGCAAGAUAUAUUGUCUGUUUUUGGAUAUGAUCCAGUUAAUGAUGUAUACAAAGUGUUGUGCAUGACUGUGGUACUUAAACGCAGUCACAUGUCUCGUAAUGGUAAUGCUGUAUCGUGGGAGGAUAUUGUGUCGGAGGAGCAUCAAGUGAUCACUCUAGGAGCUAAAGAAAAAUGGAGAAUGAUCGAGUGUGAGUAUCCACAUCGUCAUAACUCUGGAUGUAAAGGGAUAUACAAGGAUGGGUUUAUGUAUUAUUUAGCUACUUACCAGAAAAAAAGAUCUCUAAUGAGCUUUGAUCUGAGUUCUGAAGAGUUUAAUGUUACUAAGCUACCUGAGGAUCAGAUGCUUCAACAGUAUGGUGAGCUGGUGAAUCACGCUGGAAAGGUAACCAUAGCGCAUCAGGCAUAUAACCGCAACGUUGACCUAUGGGUUCUGGAAGAUGCCAACAAAGAAGUAUGGUCAAAAAAUUUUGUGGUUCCUCCUCUGUCGAUAGAUUUUUUUGGAAGGUUUCGUGACCUCGUGUUCAUGGGUAUACUUGGUACUGGGGAGAUGAUAUUCGCAUCGCGCUCAUCCCCUCCGUUCUUUUUUGUUUGUUUCGAUCCCAAGUCAAAAAAGGUCAGAGAAAUUGCGAUUCAUGGAAUGGGAGGGGACUCUCGUGAUAAUAUCCAAAUCUUUUUCGAUCAUGCAGAGAGUUGUAUGGUUUUGCCAAAGGUAUGUUAAUCCUUAUUACUGUAAUUGUGACUCCUGAUAAAACAAUGUGUUCAGUCUUUUCAUCAAUUACUUUGUAUGAUUGUGGAUUAUAUAUAUAUAUAUGCAUGUAUGAAUUGUUUAAAGUUUUGGUUUUGGCCGGAGCUAAGGCCAUCUUUAACCCUAGCACCUCUAAUGGGUUGCUUAAUCAUUUUUUUACUAAUAAAUGAUUAAGCACCCCUUAAGCACCACUUUUUCAACAGCUUAAUUAAGCACCCUUCAAGUAGCACUUCUUAUUUUAUUAGGGUAUCUUAUUAUAUAAAGCUUGGUUAUUCAAAGUUGUUAAUUAACAUGAUUGCGAUAUGUGUCAAUUAAUUUAUUAAGAUUGUGACAUGUGUCAAAAAAAAGUUACAAUUCUUUUUUAUUAG